AUGGAGGCUGAUAUCAAAGCACUGCUGGUUAUUAUCCCUGUAGAGGGCAUGACCUGUAAUUCCUGCGUCCAAACAAUUCAGCAAAAGAUUGGGAGUCUCAAUGGAGUUCAUAGUAUUCAAGUGAGUAAUAUGUGCUCUGUGACCUAACUUAUAAAUAGUUUUGUUGUACGUUCUCAUUCACUUUAGCUUUUGGUUCAAACACAAUUAAAUUAUACCUAGUGUGCCUCACAAAAUUAAAUACAUUUGAGAUAUAUAUUUAAUCUAUAAAUUAAUCACUCUCCCACUGCCCCCAAUGAUCAGUUUUUUCAAACUGUGUACUGUAUUAUGACUGAUGUUACCCAUGUAUGUUAUUAUAUCUGCAUAGCUUCUAAUCUUUAUCUCUUAAAUUACCUUUUAGUUUUUAAGAUCAGCAUUUCUUUGUUCUUGAGAUGGCAGCUGGGCAUACAUAUUCGGGGAUGCCCAAGAUUAGUGUGAGUUAAGUGCUUUGGCAACAAUUGCAACUACCAGCUGCUUCUAUUUUAAUUCAGCCCUUCCAAAUACCUGCACUACUGUUGCAGUGCUAAGGAGACCGAAAUUGCAUGAUUCUGUCUCCCCAGCUCCUUCACCGGCAUAUUUACAUCUGGAAUGCAAAGUUGUAUUCCUAAUACUAUAGUCCUGAAGUGGCUAUUUAAUUCCCUGGCCCCAUCUCUGAUCAAAGUAAACUGGUGAUUUUACUCAUCUUUUCUCCCAAGCCGCACCAGUGUCAUUGUGGUUGGCCCCACCAAAAUGCUGUGCUACUCCCAUCCGCAUUUUUUUUUUUUUUUUUUUACUGUCUAUCAUUGAAACAAUGUUCCUGUUGAAUCAAUGUAUCUCUAUGGGGAAAGUUCAGCGUCUCUAUGCAGAACAUGGAAACGCUGAUUGCCAGAACUGCACACCUUGCAGCACUGACCCAGGAACCACCUCUGGUGGCCGUCUGAGUGACAGCCACAAGAGGUCUUACUAGGCAGUGAUGUAAACAAUGCCUUUUCUCAGAAAGCUUACAGUGCUAACAGUGCUCUUAUAUGCUAUAUAUACCAGUACCAAUACAUUAAGCUGUAGUGGUUCUGGCGACUUUAGUGUCCUUUCAAAGUAGGUGCAAAUAAACAAAUGUAAUAUAAAGAAAAACAAAUUAUCCUCUUUGCAUUUCACUUUUUUAAUGAUUGUCAAAGAACCAGGUUGUGGUUAACAUUGUACAGCCAAUUCUGAUCUUCCACAAUCUCCUGCCAAACAGUGGUUUAUGAGAUAUGUAGUGGUUUAAGUCAGGAAAAGUAAAAAAACAAAAAAACAAAACACAUCCCUCAUAUUCUAAGUUUAUUGAAUAGCCUUAUUUCAUGAAGAUACCUAUAGAGCGCAUGUAAGUAUAUUUGUGUUCCUCUACUGUUGCCUGUCUUCUAUUAGUCUCUUUGCUUGUUAACAUGUUUGCAUAUAGUGCUGACACUGAUGUGCUUCACCUAUUCCCUGUUCAUUAAUCUCUUAAGGCACGUUGUCUGUGUGCAACAGAAAUAGCACCCAACCCAUUAUUGACACACAAGGAAGCAUUCUAUUUAAGUCAACCUUAUAAUUAUAAGAUGUGUCCAUAAGAGAAUGCUUACUUCAAUUACUGUAAAACUGAAAGGUGGAUGUGUAAUUUUUACAGAUUGCAUACACCCAACGCAUUAUGAAAGAUGCAAGCGAUAUUAAUCCUUGCUGACACGGUUUGUUUCAGAUAAUUAUGAUAGCACUUCAAAAAAACCAUACAAUGAAGGGAUCUGUAGUGUAAAUGUUUCUGGCAACAAUUUUUUGUGCUUUAUAAUAUCUUUGUCAAAGUGAUAUCUGAAGGAAGAUUGUAUUUAAUGCAUGUGGACAUAGCAAAGCUACAAUUCUUACUAAAGCUUAACACAAUGCUAGUGUUAUUAAAAGCACAAUCUAAAAUAAUUUUGGUAAAAAAAUGCAUUUUCAAUAAUUGACUAGAAUUCAGAACAGAGUAGAAACACAACACUGAGUAAAUAUAAUUAGGUGUUAAAAAAAAAAAAAAAAAAAUUUUUUAUGAAAAUGAAUGUUUUAUGAAAAUAAAUGCAUUUAAAACCUUCUAAGUAAAACUAAGCAUGUAAAGGAACACUAUAGCAUUAGGAAUACAAACAUGUAUUCUUAAUGCUAUAAUGUCAUGAGACCUAUCCGGGUAUUCAUCCCGCUCCUGUUACGAGUAUGAGAGUUUCAAAGGUGAGUUUUAUUUACCUUUCAGCUUUCGUCACAUUGUACUCAGUGCUGCUGCUCUUUGGCUGAGAUCAUCAAGAAGCAUUGGAAGGCUACUGUGCAUGAGUGGCAACAUACGGCCCCCCCCUCUCUCGAACUAUAAUGGUUUAAUGUGAAAACAAAAUAGUUUACAUUAUAUAAAUGGCAAUGCUACUAAUCUGUUUCUAUUCCACUUAAUCUUAUUUAAUAUCUUAAAAAUGGCUGCACUCUUAGGACUUGCAAAAGAGUAAUUAGAAAACGACACUCAUCCGUUGAAGCGUUGAACCCCUGUGAUCGACGUGUACUGAAAACUGGUAUCUACAGCAAAAGAGAAAUCAAGUGCACCCGAUGAUUUGUGCAUACCCAAGCAGUAUUGUAGACAUUGCAACAAUUAUCCCUAUGUUUAAGAAUGUGUAGCUAGUGAAAAUAUUCACAAACAAUGAUAAUACCCACAAUCGAUCUCAACCUAGACCCCAUGCAUACAAAACCCAUUCACACCUCCUGCUUCUAGCAGCUGGUGAUGCCUUUCUCAAUCCAGGGUCCUUCACCUUCUCUACACACACUAAAAAAAACAACCACAAACCUCAUCACAAUACCCUGCCCUUACUUACCAACAUUCAGUGUGCACUCUGGAACGCCCGCUCCAUCUGCAGUAAUUUAAAAUCAACAGCCAUACACUACUUUUUCAUCUCAAACUCACACUACUUGCACUAACAGACAUGGCUGUCCCCCUCUGAUAGCGCUACUCCUGCCUGUUUAUGUUUUGGUGGGCUACUAUUCACUCAUACUCCCAGACUCAACUGCAAAGGAGGUGGUGCCCUAUUCUUUUCUUCUAUUGAAGUUCACACUGACUGCCUAUUUAAACCCACUCCUUUAAGAAUUGCUAUCAUCUACCGCCGCCCUGGUCAUCCUAGACUAUUCAUUGAGCACUUUUCUGUCUGGCUUCCUUACUUCCGCUCAUCUAGCACUCUAUCCCUUAUACUUGGGGAUUUCAAUAUCCCAAUCAACAACCCCAGUUGCACUGAUGCCUCUUGUCUGCUCUCAGUAACCUCCUCCUUUGGCCUUAUGCAAUGGUCCAAUUUAGCUACCCAUACAGCGGGAAACACUCUCUUGAUCUUGCCUUCACUAAUCUCUGUACCGCCUCCAAUCUCUCCAUUAUUCCUUUUCCUAUCUGACCACCAUCUUCUGACUUUUGACAUCAGCAUGCCUAAGACACAACUGACACCACUGUCUGAACAUCAAUCUCACAGAAACCUCCAAUAUCUUGACCUAGAGCAUUUCUCCACUAAUCUCCAAACUCUUCUUUUACCUAUCUCAAACCUCACAUGUCCUAGCUCUGCAACCUCCUUCUACAAUUCCACCCUCUCCUCUCAACUAGACAUCAUGGCACCUUCUACAUUUAAACGCAGCAAGCGCCCCCAACAACAACCUUGGCACGCCAAGAUGACUCGAUACCUCCAAAAAUGCUCCAGAACUGCUGAAAGCUGUUGUAGAAAGUCUCACUGUGCAUCUGACUUUCUCAACUAUAAAGUUAUGCUGUGCUCAUACAGGUUGGCUCGUUCCUCUGCAAAAGUAAAUUACUUCAAUACCCUCGUAACCACACUCUCCCGCGAACCCAAACUACGAUUUCACACAUUAAACUCUAUUCUUUGCCCCAUUGUUCCUCCUCCACCUACUAACUUGACCGCCUCAGACUUUGCAACUCACUGACAAGAUCUCUACAAUCAGGGAAGCGAUCUUUCAUCUUUCUUCUUCCCCUUACAAUACUUCCCCUAACCUCACUCCCUCUGCUGUUCUAUAUUCAUUCGCACCUGCUGCAGCGGUAGUGGUUUCUGUUCUGCUCCAGUCCUCUCACCCCACCACCUUUCCUCGCAUCUCAUCUGUACUCUGUCUUCUUCUCUUUCUCUACCUCUCACUAAAAUUAGGGAUUAUUCUAGCCCUAGUGACUGAAUAAUCUAAAUUUUAUUAAUGACAGGAGGCAAAUAUUUGCUUUAUAUUUCUUUACUGAACCUCCCAGCAGCAAAGAAAUAGUUAACAAUAAUGUAAAAAUAAUUCAACCAAACAGAAUUAUUAUUUGAUGUCAUCAAACUCCUCCCAUAUCCUCUUUCAUGCUGUAGCCAACAAUAUCAGAGUAUCAACCAUGUAAACCGUAACUAUGAACUGUGGACCAAUUCGAGGUCCUGAUGUAGUCAACCAUGUAAACUUUCAACAGGAUUGAUGAAUCCAUAUAUCACAAGUGUUGGGAUUUUUCACAUUAAAGGGAAGUAGAGAAAAAAACCAUAAGAGUAUAGGUUCUCAUUUCAAUAGAUUUCAUGUAAAAUGAUGAGUAUAUCAAACUCUUGGUUAAAGUGUUGUGGUGUAAACCUAUGACAGAUGAUGUAUGAAUGUGUUUGAAACAGAUCGACUAGAAAAAAUAUGUAGUAACUUACCUUAGGGCAGGUAUAAAUGAUAAUGAAAACAAAGAAGGGAAGGAAAAUAUUCGCCUCCUGUCGUUAAUAAAAUUUAGAUUAUUCCGUCACUAGGGCUAGAAUAAUCCCUAAUUUUAUGGCAAGACAGGAGGCUUCAUAUUUGCUGUUUUAAUGCUCCUAUAUGAUAGCAGAUGCAGCAUGUGGCAUAGGUUUGAAAUAGAAUGUACGAAAGGUAGACUCCCUGGACCAAUCCGCAGACGACAAAAUGUCUGAGAGGGAUCUACCCGCACGAAAGGUUGAGGAUGCGGCUGCUCCUCUGACUGAAUGCGCUCCAAAAGAGGAGUCAAUACCUGCAUGGGCUAGUAUCCAUCUGAUCCACCGCACAACGGUGGGAGCAGACACCGGUUUGUGUGGUUUGACAUAGGACAUGAGAAGGGGUCCUGUAGAGGGAUGUUGAGUGGUUGUGGCAUCUAUAUAGUGCCUUGCACAGAGCGCCAUGCAGAGUGACUGUCUAUUCGGAAAGUAAGGGUAGAAUACAGAGGAAGAAUUAGUCUUUGUUCGUCUGGUGAUGUGAAAUUUAACGCCUUCAGACGAGAAAACUACAGCGUGGAAAUCAAAUGCUCGAAUGUCGGAGACCCUACGGAAGUAUACCAGACACAGGAGUAAGGCCACUUUGUCAGAGAGUUGACGUAACGUCAAAUUCUCAUUAGAGGGCCAGGAUUCUAAAAGGGGAAAAAACCUGAGUGACAUCCCAGAAAUUGGAAUAUUUAGGAAGAGGGGUUCUGGCUAGCCUGAUCCCUCGUAAAAGUCUACAAACUGAAGGGUGUUUUCCUAUUGAUGCAUUGUCAGUAGGGUUGUGGGCCGCAGAAAUAGCUGAUCUGAAAAUAUUUAAUUGAUCUAAAGGACUUGCCUUGAUCAAAGAGGGUAGACAGAAAAUUUUAGAAUGAUCGUCAGAGGUGCUGAAAAGGGAUCGGUAUCCCUUUCCAAACACCAGCUGACCCAUGUCCGCCAUGCAGCGAGGUAAGCUAGUCUAGUGCCUGGGGCCCAGGAGUCCCAUAGGAGAGCCUGAGCUGUCUCCGAAAGUCCCGAAACAUUCCAGGAUCCCCUGAAAAAGUCCAAGCUACAAGCUGGAGCCGCCCUUGAAGGGCGAGUGGGUGACAGUGUCCUGCUGGAUUCCUGAGGAUGUCGGGGGAAUCGAGGUAGUAGAAUUGGACAAUUCACAGACAGUUCUAGCAGGGUUGGAAACCAAGUCUGGGCUCUCCAUAGCGGAGUGACCAUAACUAUCGUCCCUACUAUGGCUUUGACCCGGUAAAGGGCUGAAAGGAGGAGAAAGGAGAACGCAUAAGCUCUUGUCUCCGGCCAAGGAUGUAGAAAGGCAUCGACUGCCCAGGACUGGGUAUCUGGGAGCCAGCUGAUUAAAGGCCUCCGUCUGGCGAUUCAGCCAAGACACAAACAGGUCCAGUGUGAGGGGCCCGCAAAGACAAUGAAUUUGAUAGAAUAAGCAGGGAUCCAAUUGCCAGUGGCGAGAGAACCAAUCUGCGACUAGGAUGUCCGUGCCUGGAAGAUAUUCCGCUCUGAUGGAUAAAUUCCGCUCUAGGCAGAAUUGGUAGAGUUCCUUGGUAAGGUCGGACAGUAUUUGGAUCGGGAACCUCCUAACCGAUUCACAUAUUGCACUGCAAAGACGCUGUGCAUGCGCAGUACUAGUGAAAAAUUUAAACAAUCUUUUGCGAAACUGAGACUCGCAAAAGAUCCUGCAAUCAAUUGUAGGCAAUUGAUGUGCAGUGCUUGUUCGGAGGGGGACCAUAGUCCCCCGGUGGACCUUUUGGCGCACGUGGCGCCCCACCCCAAGAGACUGGCAUGUGAUACGAAAAUGGCUUUGCCAUUCCAGGCUUCCAUGUUGCGAAGCCACCAAGUUCUAUACGGACUUCAUCUGUUAGGUAGAUCAAUUGGUCGUAGGAGAUGGACCGGUUUAGAUAGAAGGUCUUGAGCCGUUGCAUGCAUCGGUAAUGUAGGGGUCCCGGAUAAAUGGCUUGGAUAGAGGCAGACAGUAGGCCUAUGGUAUGAGCCAGAUUGCAUAGGAGAAUCUGGUGGGCUGAUAGCGAUUUGCAAAUGUCUUUCUUUAUAGCCUUGACCUUUUGUAGAAGGUAGUUGUAAAAUUACCUGUACAGAGUCUAUUAAGAAUCCGAGAAACUGAACCUUCUGUAAUAAGGCCGCCGUCAUGUCCGUGUGUUGACGUAAAAGAUCUGGAUCUUGAGCCAUUAACAGGAUGUCGUCCAAAUAUACAAUGGAACGAAUCCUCUGUGAUCGAAUUAGCGCCAUCACUGGUUUCAUCAGCUUUGUGAAACCCCAUGGUGCGGAACAAAGAACGAACGGGAGGCAUGUGAACUGCCAAAUUUCUUCUUGCCAGAGGACUUGAAGAAAAGCCCGAUGGUUGUGGGUGACAGGGACAGUGAGAUAUGCGUCCUUGAGAUCGAAUCUGGAGAACCAGUCUCCCACACAAAGGAGGUCCCUGAGAAGAUGGAUGCCCUCCAUUUUGAAAUGACGAUAUCUGACAUAGUGAUUUAGGUCUUUCAAAUUGAUUAUUGGACGCAGGUCUCCAGAUUUUUUUUUUUGUGGACCAGAAAAAUAUUGCUUAGAAAAGUAUGUGGGAAGGGUGAUCUUUCUAUCGCCCCUUUUUCCACCAGUUUGUUCAAUUCUUUGUGUAAUGCCAGGUUGUCUGUUGCAGACAUCCGAAAUGGUGUAGGUGGUGCGUCCUGGAAGGGAAUGGAAAGGAAAUCUAUUUUGAACCCCUUGACUGUGUGUAGGAUCCAUAGAUCCUGUGAAAGCAGUUCCCACUGUUUGGAAAAAAUGGGUUAGUAGACCUGCUAUAGGUACAUUGAAAAAAGAAAGGUUUAUUACCUGGAGGAGUGCGUUCGCGUAAGGAGUCUGAUCCACGUCCCCUGAUGGAUCCUCUAUUGGUGAAUAACUGCCUGUGGUUUUCUGAGGGACGAGGCCUGUAGCCUGUGAAGGCAGCUUUGCUGUUCGUUCGGCCUCUAUAACGUCCAGCUCUCCCAGAAAAACGACUUGACUGGGAGCGAAAUACACUGCAUAAGGAGGAUUGGGCCUUGUUUAAGUUAGUAAAUACCGCUACUUGUUUGGACAGAUCUCUCAUGAAAGAGUCCCCGAAUAACAAGCCAUUGGCUUCUGGUCCCAGUUCUUGGGAGCUUAAGUCUGCUAAUUUAGCAUCGCGUUUAAGUAGUGCCGCCCUACGUGUCUCAGUGGAUAUAGCCACAUUUGCAUUGCCCAGGAAGCAUAGGGCUCUUUGGGCCCAUUCUCGGACUGUGUGAGGGUCAAACUCCCCACUAGUUAUAGCUUCGUCAGCUAGGAUGAAAAUUUGGAUGAUGGGACCAGCGAUAUCCAGGAGUUUGUCCUGGGUUGUUUUAAGACCCUGCUCAAUCCCUUGCGAAGGUCUUUUCCUGUUUUAGUGAGGAAGGUCACAAAUAGCAGGUCAAAUUCUGGUGGGAGAGCCACUUUACUUGGUAUAGUUGGCCGAGGGCAUUCGGCUCUGAGUUUAGCCCUUAUUUCUUUUUCAAGGGGCUUACGCAGCCAAAUCUUGCAAAAUUUUGAGAUGUGGUCGGGUGGGGCCCAUUUGGCCGAACGUGGGUGUCUGAUGACACCUAGGGUCGAAAAAAGGAACACUCGAGACAUCCAGAAGGGUGUCUGAAUCGGGUCCCUUAGUUAUAGAAAUAUUGGUAUCUGUAAAUGAAAGUUUCCUUGACAAAUUCUGAUGUAGAAUUCCCUAGCGCAUUCGCCGAGGGCUCCUCAUCAGAAUAGCCGAGGUUAUAGUCCUCUACCCCAUCGCCCGUGUUUGAUGUAGAAUCCUCUAAGGGGUCGAAAGUAGCUUGGGUGGGGCGAGUGACAGACAAUUUUUGAGACUUGGCCGAAGCCUUGCCCUUGCCCUGAAGGUUGGGAAUUCUCUGAAUCAGAGGGUAGACGUAUAUUAGGGUUUACUUCGGUUGAAGUCUUCUCAUGGAAGGCUGCUAACGCCUUGGGGAUGGAUUCGGCAAUGGUUGAGACGAGCCAGGCUCUAAGUUCUUGAGAGAUUGUGGGCUCAGUAUUAUCAGACAUGGUAGGUCUAUUAAUUGUGAGCUGACAGUAGUGAAGCAAAGGAAGUAUUGAGUGGGGUUCACCCAGCAGUACUUGGUAAAUUAUAAAUGGGGGUCUCCCAAAAGGUGUUUUGAUUUAAUUCGCAAGGUUGGCACACAACUAUUCAGUGGGCUUAACCACUAAAACAUAUAAGUGGGUUUACCACUAUUCAAAUACCAAGUGGGGCUAGCCCCUUAAUUCAAACAGACACUGGUUGUGUCAACAAUUAUUAUAAAUCAAUUGAGGGGUCACCUAAGUAAUGUAUAUGUAUACAGAAAGUGGGGGUCACCCACUGAAGUAGUGUGUUAAAAACACUUUAAUAAAUUAAAUAGUACCAAUAAUUCAAAGGUGGGGGUCACCCACAACAAUCAAUAAAAGGUGAAUCAAAGAAAAAUAGUGGGGGUCACCCACAAGGCCCUCCUUUAUUUAAAAUAAAAUACAGCAGGUAGGUAUUUCACAGUGUGUCUGUUAAUAAAAAAACAGAUGAACAAAAAAUAUAAGUAACUGUAGUAAAAGGUUAGCACAAGAUGUGUGCUAAAACAUUGAAGUAAAUUAAGUACUUACCAGAUCGUUGAAGUAAGGAGGAGAAUUUCGGCUAUGUAGCUGCAGAAAAAAACGCGGGUAUAAACGAGCGAAAAUGGCAGCCGCUUAUGCAAAUGGACUGAAAGAAGAGCGCGUCAAUUAGCCUCAGAUGCGAGAGGACGGGGAGCAGAGAAAAGGGCGCGAAGAGACUGAGCCGCGGACUCCUGGUCACAGUCGAGGUGAAGCCGCGGCCGCAAAUAUAAUAAAAAUCGCGGGGAGACAAGCCUCCGUCAAUUUAAAGGAAUACCCACUAUGAAUUAAUUAAAAGAUUUAGCUCAAAAAACACAGAAGUGAAACAUACAUGCUGGGUACAAUUGUGGGAGUACUAUCCAAAUAAAGUAGUGUUAUGAAUUUAAAUGAGUAUGCAUGUUCGGUGUAACAUUUACCAGAGAAAAAUAAUUUUAGUGAUAGGAUGUAUAGUGCUAUAAAAACUACCAAAUUAAGUAGAACAUUUGUUCAAAUAUUGCAUUAAAAGGCAAAAACCAAAAGCAAUAUAAUUGGAACAGACUCACCUGGGAGGCAAGCAGCAAAGAAAGAGGAUAUGGGAGGAGUUUGAUGACAUCAUAUAAUACUGUUCUACAUUCUGGUUGAAUUAUUUUUACAUUAUUGUUAAUUAUUUCUUUGCUGCUGGGAGGUUCAGUAAAGAAAGAUAAAGCAAAUAUGAAGCCUCCUGUCUUGCCAUAAAAUUCUCAAUCACUCUCUCUCCUCUGGCAUAUUUCCAUCGCCCUUCAAACAUGCAACUGUAACCCUAAUUCUAAAGAAGCCCAACCUUGACCCUAACUCCCCGUCCAACUACCGUCCUAUCUCGCUACUGCCUUUUGCAUCGAAGAUCCUUGAAAGAGUUGUGUAUGUGAGAUUGACAGACUUCCUCGAGUCCAACUCUCUGCUAGACCUGCUUCAGUCUGGUUUCUGCUAAGCACUCUGUUGAAACAGCUGUGACCAAAGUAUACAAUGAUCUAUUCGCUGUAAAUUCUCCUUCACCUGUCUGCAGCUUUUGACACUGUUGAUCAUCAACAGCUUCUUCUCAUCCUCCGCAAUAUCGGUCUACAAGAUAUUGCUCUCUCCUGGUGCUCCUCUCCCAGCUCUCUUUCAGUGUUUUCUUUCUCUGUCUCUGCUUCUUCUCCCCAACUCCUCGCUGUUCGUGUCCCCCAAGGUUCAGUCCUUGGUUCCCUACUGUUCUCUAUCUAUACUGCCUCCCUUGGUAAACUCAUUAGCUCCUUUUGGCUUCCAAUAUCAUUUCCAGGCGCCAAAGAAAAAGUUAUCUGCGUUCUCUCCUAAAUCCUUUUUGUAAAUCCUUUUGUAAAUUUAAACAAAUGGAGGUUAUUUAGUUACUCCAAUGGCCAUUGGAGGGAAUAUUUUUUAUAUACACCCCUAUAUACUUAUUAACUCUUAAUCGGGAACACAUAGGAUGGGCGGCAGCAUUGUAACAUAGCUAUGUACAAAAAGUGAAUACAAAUACAAAAAGACAAGUCCUUCGCUCACUCCCGGGCGGCAGCAACGACCACAGUACACAUCAGCCCCAAUACAUACAGUAAAAACCAAAGAAAGUUACCUGCGCUCUCUCCUAAAUCCCUAUGUAUAUUUAAACAAAUGUUACAAUGCUGCCGCCCAUCCAAUGUGUUCCCUACUAAUGGUUAAUAAGUAUAUAGGGGUGUAUAUUAAAAAUACCCAUCUCUGUCUCAUUAGAGAUAUAUUUGCCAGAGGCUCAAGGAAGCUAGGUGAAAGGUCAGCAUAGGACCCACAUGAGUGGGUUUGCCUUGACGGGGCAGGCGGGCAUUCCCUGCAAUGGCCAUUGGAGUAACUAAAUAACCUCCAUUUGUUUAAAUAUACAUAGGGGUUUAGGCGCUGGUAACCUUUUUCUUUGGUGUUUACUGUAUGUAUUGGGGCUGAUUUGUACUAUGGUCGUUGCCGCCCAGGAGUGAUGGGAGUGAGUGCAGGACUUGUCUUUUUGUAUUUGUAAUCAUUUCUAUGUGGAUGACACGCAAAUCUCUGUCCUCUCCUGAUGUCUCUCUGUCCCUCUUGACUAAUGUCUCUGACUGCCUCUCUGCUAUUUCUAACUGGAUGGCUGCCUUAAACCCAACUUGACCAAAACUGAAAUUCUGGUCUUUCCUCCCUCAAGUGUUGCUACUCCUGUGUCUGUCUCCCUCAAAGUCAAUGGUGCUACUAUCAGCUCCACCAUGCAGGCUUGCUGCCUAGGUGUUCUCCGACCUUUCCUUCACGCCUCAUGUUCAGUCUAUCACCAAAUCCUGCCGAUUCCAUCUCAAAAACAUUGUGCGCAGAUGCGACUAAGGUGCCUGUCCAUUUCACUGUCCUUUCUCGCCUUGACUACUGUAAUCCGCUUCUUAGUGGUCUUACAUGCUCCCAACUUGCACCGUUACAGUCCAUAAUGAAUGCAAUGGCGAGGCUCAUCUUCCUGUCCUUCUGCACAUCCCACGCCUCACCCUUCUGUCAGUCCCUAAAUUGGCUUCCUGUAAGAUAAAGAGCUCAAUUUAAAAUUCUGGUUCUUGUUUUCAAAUCUCUACAUAAUGCUGCUUCCACAUAUCUGUCCUCCCUAAUACCCAAGUAUGUCCCGUCUAGGCUAGGAAUCGACCAAUAGUGAUUUAUUUAUUUUUUUGAGCCGAGACCGAUAUUCUGUGAACUUUCAGGCCGAUAGCCGAUAUUCUGUACAUUUACCAUUUUGUAAAAUAAAAACUAUUUCUAAAGGUAAAGGCACAAAAUAUACAUGCCAUGUGUAGUGGAUGCAGUGUGUUUAGACAGGGGAGCUGUGUGUUUAUGUGUAGUGGAUGCAGUGGAUGUAGUGUGUGUUUGUGUAGUGUGCGUUGUGGAUGCAGUGUGUAUUGGUGUAGUGUGUGUAUAUAAUGAAAGCAGAGUGUGUAGUGUGUGGGUAGUGUGCAUAAAGUGAAUGCUGUAUAUACUAAAUGCAAAGUGUGUUUGUGUAGUGUGUGUGUGUGUGUAUAUAAUGAAUGCAGAGUGUGUGUGUAUAGUGAAUGUAGUAUGUUUAUAAAAUGCAGUGUGUGUAUAUAAUGCAGUGUGUGUGUGUGUGUGUGUGUUUGUAUAGUGUGUGUAUAUAAUGCAGUGUGUUUGUGUAAUGUGCAUUAUAUAAACACACUGCUCAAACACACUGCAUUAUAUACACACACUAUGCAAACACACUGCAUUAUAUACAUUGUUUGUGUAGUAUGUGUAUAUAAUGCAGUGUGUUUGCAUAGUGUGUGAGGGGGCAUUUUUUAUACUAUUAUUAAUUAUUUUUGUUGUCCCCCCGUCCCUGCUUGUUGCCUGGCCAUGGAGAGGGGAUAUAAUAUUCUCUGGUGGUCCAGUGGCAUUGGCUGAGCAGUGCGGGGGCCGGCAGCAAGUGUUUACUUGCCUCCCAACAGCUCCUCCAGCUCCCCAGUGUAAGUCUCGCGGCCAGCGUGCCGUGGUAACCCGUGGCAACGCUCUGACGGCCGCGGGUCUCGCGUGACUUACACUGGGGAGCUGGAGGAGCUGCUGGGAGGUAAGUAAACGCUUGCUGCCGGCCCCCCCAGGACCGGGCUUGUAAUGGGCCCGCGGUCUUGUUAUAUAUUAUCGGCAAUAUCGGUAUCUGAAUUGGCCGAUACCGAUAUUGACGAAAAUACAGAUUAUCGUAAAACCGAUAAUCGGUUGAUCCCUAGUCUUGGUCCUUACACCCUGCUGAAGACUUACAUCUAUCUUCUGUCCAUACUCCCACCUCUGAUGCACGCCUUCAAGGCUUCUCGAGGUCUUUACCGUUCCACUCACUUUCCUCCUUAGAUGCUCACCCAAUCUGCAUUCCUUCAAAAAAAUCAUUAAAAAAAACUGUUAAUAGCUCCCGACUGAUUCCUCUCUUGCAACUGUCAUUAGUCUUAUACUACUAUCCUUACCUUUUGUGUCACUUUACCCCACUCCCUCUAGCAUGUAAGCUCUUUGAGCAGGGCCCUCGACCCCUCUGUGCCCAACUUGUCUGGUUACAACUACAUGUUUGUUCGUCGACCCACUGUAAAGCGCUGUGGAAUUUGUUGGAGCUAUAUAAAUAAUAUCAUAAUAAUAAGGACACAAGUGUAACAAAUAUAAGAAUAUAGUGUUUAUGAUCGUGCACAUAUCACCGAUUAAUCAAAUACCAUGACGAUAUAUAUAUGUGCACAUUAGUAACGGAUCUAUCUGGAUAAUCUGUUAUUUAAACAUUUAUAGGAGACCUAUCAGAAAACAAUAUAAAUCAAGGUCAACAUAAUAAUACACCUUUGGGGGGGGAUUUAAAAAAAAAAAAAAAGUAUUCUUUUAUUCAAUUAUUAAUUAGAUCUUACAUGACUGUAAAGUAAAGAUCAGUAUAUGAGAAAUGAUUUCCAAUAUCAAAAAUAUUUCAGUUUUACUCCCUUUAAAAUGUCAUCUGGAUGUUAUUAGGGAAACCUGAAAUGUUGGCUAGAAUCAAUUAAACCAUUUCCACCUUUUUGCUGAUUACAUUAUUGUAAUUCUUCCAACUAUUUGAUUAUAUGGUUUUGCAGUGAUGACCAGGGUUUUCUGUUAACUGCUUUUAUUGCAAUUGCUAUUGCUUGGGCUUUUAAUUGGAUAAAGUUUGUCUUUUGUAUCCGUGUGUCUCAAAUAAAUGCAAUUAAUGUCUCCCCUCCAGGCCAUUUAGGAAACAUGACGUGGAUUAUUGAAUACAGUUCGAUUAAAUUUGGUUUUCCCAGAUGCUGUUUUUUUUUUUUUUUUCUACAAGUGAAUUCACCAUUAAUUUUAUUGUACUGCACAUGUUUGGAAAUGCGUUUUUGCAAAUUUUCAGUUUAAAAAAAAAAAAAGCAAUGAGUUUUCAAGGGCACAGCUAUUCAACAAUUGGAUGUAGUUUGAAUAAACUUCCCAAAUACCUGUUAGGGAAGAAAACAAAUAUACAACACAUACUCUGUUCCUAUGUGCUUGUUAAUGCACAUAGGUAAAGUUUAAAUCACAUGACUGCAGUUUAGUUUGUAAAGCCCAUGUGGCCAAAAAGUUUAGUAGUUUUACCAAACAAUGGAGUGGGAAAGAUGCAUAAUCUAUGACUGCUGUGUGAUAGUUUUAAAGUGCAUGCUUUUUAUUCUUCGUUUUGUUUCCAGUAAAAUAAAUACAAGUCAUGCAUACAGUUACAAAAGUCAGCCUUUCUUUUGAAAAGACUUUUAAAUUUUUUUUUGUUUUUUUUUCUCAGUUCUAUAAUAGAGCCCCGGUGUUCCACCGCAGCUGGUACUCCAUAUUUUUUUUUUUUUUUUAAUUCUUUGUGAAUGAGCAAUCCACAGUACUAUAUUUGCCUCCUGUCAGAACUGGGCAGUUUUGGAUAGGAAAAUAAAGGUUUUCCAGGUGCAUACUCACCACAGACUCUGUCGACUGGUUGAUUUGUACUUUCCAAGUUGUUCAUAGCAUAAGAAGAAACUGCUUCUUAAUUUAAUUGAAAUCUUUAUUAUGUUCGCGUAUGGAAGGCUAACACGUAGGGCAAGAUUGAGGCUGCAACAUGUAACCAGAUGUAAAAAUGAAUGCAACCAAAUUUAACAAAGGUAUGGGGAAAAACAGGAUACUUAUAGGGAGGAUUAUGCAGUUACAUCAAUUCAAUAGAUCUGUAUGUUCCUGGAGACUCACCUCUUGGGGAAACCAUCCCUGGAAAUCAUCAAAGAGUAUUAAUUUACUUUCUUGACUAGGAGAGUCUAAUUAUGUUCUCUCCUUAAACAAUAUACACUGAUCAGCCACAACAUUAAAACCACCUGCCCAAUAUCAUGUAGGUCCCCUUGUGCGGCCAAAACCGCUCUGAUACAUCAAGACAUGGACUCCAUAAGACCGCGGAACGUAUUAUGUGGUAUCUGGUUCCAAGACAUUAGCAGAAGAUCCUUUAAGUUCUGCAAGUGGUGAGGUGGGGCCUCCAUGGAUUGGAUUUAUUGUUCCAGCACAUCCCACAGAUGCUCAAUCAGACCAAGAUCUGGGGAAUUUGGAGUCCAAAUCCAGUAACUUCUUUAACAAUAUGCACAUAUAUAGAAUAUAACUCCUACAGUUUCAGAUACUCAAAUAUAACUUUUCUGUGUGUUAACAUUUUUCCUGAUGAACUUGGCAUCAGAAGUGUUUCCGUACACAAAGCUGUCACACUGGUUUAUAUAAAUCUUUUUCGAUGUACAUUUAAAUUUUAGUUAGAGAUAUUUUAUUAGUGUUGGCCUCACUAUGUUAUUUGUUUGCUUUGUAGGUGUCAUUAGAAGGAAAAAAUGCUGCCAUUAUUUACGACCCCAAGUUACAGACGUCAGAAGCGUUGCGUGAAGCUAUUGACGAUAUGGGAUUUGAAGCUCCUCCUGCUGAAACAAGUCCACAGCCUGUGCCUACUGUCAACACUUUUCUUUACUUAUCAGAGGAACAAUCUGUUGAGCAAAUACGCAACAGUCUUCUGCAGUUAAAGGGAGUCAUGGAUGUUAAGACUUCACUUGAAGAGAAAGUGGCUAGAGUCACAUUUAUACCUAGUACUAUAAGCACUGAAGUCAUGGUUCAAAAAUAUCCAGGACUGUCUUUACAACCUAUAUUCCCAAAGAAAAUAUCUUCAGGUUCUGAUGUUCAGGUGAAAAUGAAGAUAGAAGGAAUGACUUGCCAUUCUUGCACCAGCACUAUUGAAGGCAAGAUUGGCAAACUGAAUGGAAUACUGAGAAUUAAAGGUAGAAUUGCAAAUUUUAAAGUAUUUCUCCCCCCCCCUUUUUUUUUUUUAUUCCCCCUGUAGGAUUAUAUUAAAUACAUGGGCUGUGUAUAUUUAAAAAAAAUGUAUUUAAAAGCAGUUUGCAAUUGUAGUUUUAUCAUUAUUUUGGGUUACAUAUCAGUAUUAUGUAAUAAAAAGUACCAGUUUGCAUUGCUACAGAGUGAGUCAAAAGUCAGGAACUGCCCUAAUACCUGGUUUAUAGAUCAUAUUGUUCAUAGUCACUUCUUGACUUCAUAAAUCUCCCAGUGGACAUAUAGUGAUAGAUAAGUAGUAAUAUACUUUUAUACCGUUUGUUUUAUUUUUGUUUGGGGGGGGUGUUUGUGAGGUUUGUUUUUAGGAUUAUAUUUUUGUGAAAGGAAAUCCUUGUUAGCCUUGAUUAAUCAUCCUUGUAUUAACGCAGAGCUAUUGAACAGACUUGUGAUCUAUAAGGAUAAUGUUCCCACCCAAUCACCCUAAAUGUUUAAAGUAAUUGGAGAAAUUAAUGUAAUCCAUAUAUUUAUCAAGGUCUACGAAAACAAAAAUUAAUGACAAAUUACCUUAAGUAACAAAAAGGUAGACCAAAUAACAAGAGGGGGAUUCUGUGAACUGGGAUGGAAAAUAAAGUAUCAUUUUGUGCAGUGGGGGAAAUAAUUUUGUAUUUUCUAUACUAUAGUGCUCACAGUACAAUUAAGCCCUAAACUCUCCCUGAAGCCCUCCUACACUAGAAGUGUAUAUGGAAAAAUUCAGUCUCCUUUACAGUGCUGUAGGUGUGAGUAAGCCUGGGGACUGACCAGAGCACUGAUUGAGAACUGAACCCUUAUGCUGCAUCAGGACAUGUGCUUGAUAACUUGGGAUGUCAAGUGUAUUUUUCUUUUAAAUUAUAAUUUUUUAUUAUUUAUUUUAUUCUUUUAAAUUAUUAUUUCCAACUGCAAGUUUGGUAUGGAAAGAUGACUUUAUACACACAUGUAUUAAGUAGUGUGUUCUACAAAAGAUUUAAUAUUUAAACAUAUCUUUGCUCAAGAAAUGUAGCCACAGUACACAUAAAAAAAACAAAACAAAAAAACACCUUAGCAGGGAAAAAAAAAAAGUUAAGUUGUGGAGCAUAGUAGUAAUAAUAAUAAUAAUAAUAAUAAUAAUAAAAAAAUAGGAUCUUUCACUCUCUGGUAUUCCUCCACCUCUCUUCAAACUCGUGAUUGUGGAUUAACAAAAACGGGCCUUUCCCGUGCAGUCUUAAUAUUUGCUUUACUUUCUUUACUGCAUCUCCAUAGCAGCAAAGCAUAUAAACAUUAACCAAUCACAAACAAGAUAUAAAAAGCCUCCUCACAGUACAUAAAUGCCUCUUUCUUUGCAUGCUCCAUACCAGCUAACAGGUCUGCUUACUCGGUAUAUAUAUUUUUCCUUCUUAUUUAUUAAAGUAUUAGAGUUGAUUAAUUUUGUUUAUAAAAUGAUGUUAAUGAUGCCAUUCUUCACUUCCUUCUAGUUUCCCCCCCUUGGUAUAUUUGGUGGCUUCCACCAGAGCUUAUAUUUGUGGUCUGGGAGACUUUAUCCGGUGGUCGGCACCGCAUUUGUCAUGACAUUGUCGCUUGUUUCUGCCCAAUGGUUAAGUCCCCUUGCUCUCCUGGGUUGUCCUACACUAAAGCAUGGUAGGCCUUACCACGCGUCAUGCGACAGCCAUUUUGCAUACACUAGUGCGGUAGCCAAUUUAUUUGAGCCGCAAGCACUUAUACUAGCGAGACAGCCAUAUGUGCAGUUUGUUUGCUGACCCUCCAUGCACAAAUACAGGGAGGGCAAAUUGCAACAUUAAACCUAAUAUGUAGUAUAGUAGCAGGGUUGCCCUACAAGUUCCUACAACUGUGGUCGCAUCAGUCCAUCUUGUAUCAUGGCCUAUAUAUUGACACUAAUCCCUGCUCAACAACAGGGGUGAGCCCCCUCCACUCUAAUGCUGUUAUUGAAGUGUCUAUCACUACAGGCUUACCUCACGCAAAACAACAAGGUGAGACUCUGCACAUUUAUAGGUUAUAUCAGACUAAUUUAAUGCCAGAUUUGCUCUGGUGGCCUGCUGCCUUUUGUGCCCCCAAUAUUAGUUCCUUCCUGACCACCCCUAUUGGUGUCACUCUAUGCACCCCAUUUGUCACCUCCAAUUGA